AUGGGCAGCCAAGACGUCUCAAUAGAGUAUCUGUCUGCCGGCGCCAACAGGCAAACCGCGGUGGCGGACUGGAGCCGGGGCGGCCUGCUGGCUUUUGGCGCAGACACCAACAUUGCCCUCUGGGUGCCUAAGGAUGAUACGCAACGGGGAAUUUCAGGACUGUUGCGGGGGCAUGGCGAUGUCGUCAAGGCUGUGACGUUUCUACCAGAGGAGGAGGGCGACGAGGCGAGCUAUCUCAUCAGCGGUGCCAACGACAAGUCUCUGAUUGUGUGGAAAUCCGCGCUCGAUCAAGCGAAAUUUGAGCAGCUUCACACGGCGCACGACCACGCCGGCGCCAUCAACUGCAUCACGGCGAUCCGCCUCGGCAGCCAACCAGCACAAUGGCUCGUGGCCACCGGCGCCGCUGACGCCUCGAUUCACAUCUGGCGCUUUGCCGCCGACGUGCUGACGCUGCUUCAGAGCAUCAAGACGACGCCCAAGUUCUUCCCGCUGUCGCUGUCGCUGAGCUGGCUCGGCGACGGCGGCGACGCGCUUGCGCUAGCCGCCGCCGGCACCAAGGACAGCAUCCAGAUCCUCACCACCGCGGUUGAGCCCGGCGCGGACGCUGUCCAGUUUCACGUACAGGCUACCCUGCGCGGCCACGAAGGCUGGAUCCGGUCAUUGAGCUUUGCGCGCGAGAGCAGCAAGCCGGGCGCCGACGUGCUGCUCGCCUCGGCCAGCCAGGACAAGUACGUGCGCAUCUGGCGCUUCCACCAAGGCCAGGAGGAGGUGCCGCCCACUGCGCCGACGGCUGCCGCCGAUGACGACAGCGCACACCACCUGCCCGGUAACUCGCCCGCGAACAAGGCGCACCGAAUCACAGCCGCCGGCAAGCACUUCUCCGUCCGCUUCGAGGCGCUGCUCCUCGGCCACGAGGACUGGAUCUACAGCGCCCGGUGGCACCGCGCCGACGCACCCAGCGGCGGCGGUGCGCUGCGCCUGCUCUCGGCGUCGGCGGACAACUCGCUCGCCAUCUGGGAGGCGGACGCGACGUCGGGCAUCUGGGUGAGCACGGUGCGGCUCGGCGCCAUCUCGCGCGAAAAGGGCGCGACGACGGCGACGGGCAGCACCGGCGGCUUCUGGACGGGCCUGUGGGCGCCCGACGGCCGUUCCGUGGCGUGUCUCGGUCGCACGGGCAGCUGGCGGCGGUGGGCGUACGACGACGCCCGCGACACGUGGCGGCCGUGCCUGGGCGUGUCGGGCCACACCAAGGCCGUCACGGGCGUGGCCUGGGCCCGGGACGGCGCGUACCUGCUCUCGACCAGCCUGGACCAGACGACGCGGCUGCACGCGCAGUGGACCGCGUCGGGCGGCGGGCAAAACACGUGGCACGAGAUGGCGCGGCCGCAGAUUCACGGCUACGACCUCAACUGCAUCGACGCCAUCAGCGCGACGCAGUUCGUCUCGGGCGCCGACGAGAAGCUCAUGCGCGUCUUCAGCGAGCCGCGCGCCGUCGCCGGUCUGCUGCACCGUCUCGGCGGCAUCGGCAGCGCCGAGGACGCGGCCGCCAUGCCCGACGCCGCCAACAUGCCGGUCCUCGGGCUCUCCAACAAGGUCGUCGACGAUGACGACGACGAGGGCCAGCCCGCCGCCGCCGACGACACGGACCGCCCGCCGCUCGAAGACGCGCUCUCGCGCGCCACGCUCUGGCCCGAAACGGAGAAGCUCUACGGCCACGGGUACGAGCUGUCGUGCCUGGCGGCCAGCCACGACGGGCGGCUCGUGGCGAGCGCGUGCCGCGCCAGCUCCCUCAACCACGCCGUGCUGCGGCUCUUUGAGACGCGGCGGUGGACCGAGCUGCGGCCGCCGCUCGCCGCGCACACGCUGACGGCGACCCGGCUGCGCUUCGCCCCAGACGACGCGUUUCUGCUGAGCGUCGGGCGCGACCGCCAGUGGGCCGUGUUUCAACGCCGCGCGGAGCCAGACGACGACGACGCGCCGUAUGCGCUGCUGCAGGCGAACCCAAAAGGCCACGCCCGCAUGAUCCUCGACUGCGCCUGGGCGCCGCUCACCGACGGCCGCCCGCGGCUGUUUGCUACCGCGGGACGGGAUAAGCAGAUUCGCAUCUGGCGCGGGCAGGUCGACGACGCCGAGGGCGGCGCGCUGCUGGCGUUUACGCAGGCGGCUGCGCUGUCGGUUGGCGUGCCGGUCACGGCGGUGGACUUUUUGCCGCGGCCGGCGGCGGCGGGGGAGCGAGCCGGCUACGUGCUGGCGUUUGGCACGGAGAGCGGACGCGUGGGCGUGUGCGCGGUGUCGCUGGACGGCGCGGAGACGCAGGAGCGGGAGAUGCCAGCCGAGGUGCACCUCCCCAAGACGGUGAUGCAGCUGGCGUGGCGGCCGGCGCGGACUGGGGCCGGCGCGGAGCUGGCGGUGGCAGGGGAGGACGCUUCGCUGCGUGUGUAUGCAUUUACGGAUGGCUUUCUGCAAGGCGUAUGA